AUGAUGCGAUUUCUGUAUUUCAGUCCAGCUCAGCCCUUCCCAGUGGGACUCCUUACGGACAAUCUGGACCUUAUUUGAAGCCUUUUAGUCCAUUGAAGUCCCAUCGAGUGACAAUUAAAUCUACAAAUUGUAAUUGAUUAUGUUGGGACUCUGACAUUAGGGUAUUAUAGCCUUGUGGCGAAACGAAGCCCAUCCUCGAUGCCAGUUAAUGUUAUCCAUAAAAUCAUGGGAAUUGGUGUGUCGUUCCCAGCAUCACUCGCCCGGUGUGAUGCUUUCGAUGCGGCCUGUAUCAAAGACCUGACGGCAUUGUGUCUCUCACGAAUAAGUUGAGAUUUCUCCCGCCCAACCUUGAUUGGGGAACAGAUUUCCCGCCAUGCCAUAUGCCCAGUGACAUGGAUUGGCCUCAGCUGAACGAGAGAGUGUCUGGCCUUCCGUCCCGGCCCAUGGGUGGGCCCAGCCCAAGCCACGCAAUGCUUGUGUGUAUUUCUCUGUGCCGUCUUUGACUCGUUCGACCUUGCUUUCCCUCAUCUUCCCGCCAUCAUUGGCUAUGUAGUGUAUGCAUCCAUGGGCUUGUUGUGGUCCUUCACAAUUUCACAGACAACACACACAGACACACAGACAUCCAACCCUGAUCUUGAAAUACACUCACUCACUGACUUACUCGCGUUGAAAGAACGAUUUAGCCUCUGGCCUGGAAUGGUGGUUAGACGGAUCAUCAAGAGCCACCACAGCCCAAAAUGGACACCACGACCCUAAAACCGGAUUUCACAGUGUUUCCCGAAAUGUCACUCGAAGCCCUUCAUCGGGACGGACCCCGCAGAGAGAGACGACGAUUUGGCACGGGCACCUCGAGCACGAGUAACACCACCCUCAUGGUGAAUAUGCACGGGAAUGACAGCCCUCGGCGGAGGUCGGUCUUGGGUCCGCCCUCUUUGUUCAGCUCGUCACAGCGAAACUCGGAUGCGGGCUUUGAAGGCCUGGAAGGCCUGACCAGCAGCAGCCUCGAUGACAUCGGCACGACCAUUGCCGAUUUGGAUUUCUACUACGGUUUAGUCAAACGGCAAUUGCUGCGCUAUCAAAGUUGCACCACGGGGCUUUUCCCGGACAACUCGAGUGAUACGACCGUGGGUUGCGUUCGAUCCAGCAUCUACGCCGGCAUGGCCUUGUGGAGUCUGUGUCAAGCUUACAAACGCAUUGAUGAUGACCGCGGUAAGACCUAUGAAUUGGGUCAAACUUGCGUGCUCUGCCUCCGAGGGAUUUUGUCGUGCUGGAUGCGGCAAUCCAAACGGUUGGAGGCCUUCAAGUCCCAGCAAACCCCCACGCAUGCCCUGCAUUGCAAGUUUCAUUUGAACACCGGGGAAGACAUCUAUGAUGUGAAAGACUACGAUCACUUACAAAUUGACGUUGUGUCGUUAUACUUGCUUUUUUUGGUCCAAUCCUUGUCUUCCGGUCUCCAAGUCAUUUACACCAUGGACGAAGUCCAUUUCAUUCAGAACCUGGUCUACUAUGUGGAACGAGCCUAUCGAACGCCGGAUUUUGGCAUGUGGGAGCGGGGCACCGUCUAUAACAACCGAACCAGAGAAGUUAAUGCCAGCUCCAUUGGAUUGGCCAAAGCUGCUCUGGAGGCUAUCAAUGGUUGCAACCUCUUUGGCGACAAAGGAGCCUCCUGGUCGGUUGUGUAUGUGGAUAUUGACGCGCAUAAUCGUAAUCGAAGCAUCUUCGAGACCCUCCUACCCCGUGAAUCGGACACAAAAUUUGUGGAUGCGGCCCUUUUGCCCACCAUCUCGUUUCCGGGAUUUGCCACUCACGACCAAGUGCUCUAUGAAGCUGCAAAAUUGAAUGUGGUCAAGAACUUGGCCGGAACUUACGGCUUCAAGCGGUUCUCACGCGAUGGUUUUGGUACGGUCCUCGAGGAUCCCAAUAAACGUUUUUACGAAGACGGCAAAGUUCAAGAAUUCGACCAUGUCGAGUGCGAAUGGCCCAUGUUCUUUGCGUUCAUGGUCAUCGAUGGGGUGUUCAAGAACAACAAUGCUCAGGUGGACAAAUACCAAGAUCUGAUGCGAAAACGUUUGGCUUACAAUGACAAAGGAGAUCCUGUACUACCCAAGUACUUCUACGUGCCUCAUUCGGCAAUGGAAGAUGAACGCGCCAAUCCGGGGUCCCAACAUCGGGUGGCCAGUAACGAUGGGAGUUGCAACAACGACCUUCAUAUCUGGGGUCAAUCCAUGCUGAUUAUCUCGGAUCUACUCACCAGCCAUCUUCUGAGUGUCCAUGAACUUGACCCCAUUCGGCGACAUCUCCCCUCGUACAGUCGGCCCAAGUUGGAUAGUAGAUAUUCAGCAUUUGAGCGCGGAGGAGGAGGGGAAAAUGUGACGUCAGCUAAUGACUUAGUGGUUCAAGUGGUGAUGAUUGCGGAAUCCAUGCGACUUCAAGCCGUCCUCCAAACUUAUGGCAUCCAAACCCAAACCCCGAGUGAGAUUGAACCUGUUCAGAUUUGGUCACAGUGGGAAAUGGUGAAGGUCUACCAACACUUGGGACGAAAUGAACACUUGAAGCUCAAAGGCAGGCCCAAGAGACCAAUCGGUUCCUUGGGAACUAGCAAGGUCUAUCGAUUGAGCGGCCAAACCAUCUUGUGCUAUCCAUUGAUAUUCUCACAUUCAGACUUCUAUCUCGCCCAUGAUAUGGCUCUUCUUACCGCUGAUAUCAAGUCUGAGCUACAGUUCGUGAGCCGAUGUUGGCGAUUGAGUGGCAGACCUACGGUGGCCAUUCUUAUUACUGAAAAUAACAUGAGGGAUCCCCAAUUCCCAGUCAUGCUAGAGUUCUUGUCUCAACUUCGGACGGGGUCCGUGGACAAUGUCAAAGUUAGACUUGGCAGACUCCAAAAUCUAAUCGCCACCUCAUGUUUGGAACACCUUGAUUUUCUGCAUAACGUAGAUUUGGGCACACCCUUGGACGUGGAAUGUUUCAAGCAGCUUCACAAUGACCAUAUUGGAUAUCAAGCUCUCACUGACAUUCCCAAGCAACGGCCGAUCGUCGAAGACAAGCGCGAUUUCAAGUCGGAGUUUGAGAACUCAAGUACUAGUGAUAUCCUGGCUGCCCUGCUUGGCUCUUUCCACUUGUACGGAUCCAUUCAAAUGCUAGGAAUCAUUCUCAAACGAGAAGGGCCCAAUUUUAUGGUCGGUGAUAUGUCAGUGACCCAUCGCCUGGAUAUUCUCAAUAGAAAGGCCGGAUCAGUUCGCAAUUGGGCAGCAGUUCGGUACUCUUCCUCACUCUUGGGUCAAAUGGCAGACAGUAUCACCCCAUUUGUCACUCAAAUCCUGGCCAACGGGAAGCAGGUCACUGUGGGAACAAUUGGCGAGGAUUUCACUUUGUUCUCGAAGCCCCUCACGCCGGAUGAGAUCAAGAUUGCCAUUUAUACUAAAGUGCAACCAUAUAACGUCAUAGCGGCGGUUCUGCAGCAAGAGCUGAUUGUGUAUUGUGGAAAGUUGAUUGUCACCAACCCGGAGCUCUUUGCCGGGAUUCUCAAAGUCAGAAUGGGCUGGGUCCUUUUGGCGCUAGAUUUAUAUCGAUCCAUGAUUGAAAGAUCACCCGAACCUAUCGAGAAUUGCAGUCCGAGUUCGCUCCGACGUCUUCUUCGAAUGGUUUUGGAGGAAAGUAAGAAAUACCAGCUCACUUUCAAGAAGCAUCUCCGACCCCAGGAAGAGCCCUCUGAUUCGCCAUCCAAGUCCCCUCCAUGCAUGACCAUCUUUCAAAUUCGUCAAAUCAACGGAUGUCUCACACGAGUCCCGGAACGGUUCUACUCCAACUUGUGGGAUGUACUCAGUCGCUCUCCGGGAGGAUUCAUCAUAGGGCAUGUUCUCAUUCCCCAACAGCCAACUCUCACCAACAUGAAAAGGACGGACUUUAGCUUUGCUCACCUAAUCGAAACCGCUUUGAACACGUUUCGUCAACCCGAGUACAAACAAUUGGUCGUAGAAUUAUUCUGCGUCCUGACCGCCUUCUUGCGACGGAAUCCCGAGAUCGAAUAUGUGGGAAAGUUUUGCACGGACACCCUCAUCUCCGAGGCGAUUGAGAUGUUCAAAAAGGACCAGGACAUUCCCGUUGACGAGACGAUGAUAUUCUUCAAUGCGCCAGUGGUGACCACUUCGGGCUAUUUAGCGCGAGCCAUUGUUAACAACGUCCUAAGAGGAUCCAUUCUGACCCAAUCUAGGCUUAAUGUACCGGAUCACAGCUGCCCGGUCCAAUAAACGUUGUCCAAUGGACCUACGUGUAUAACUUGAGCCUCGUUUUAAGUGAUGAUGAAAAAAAGAAAUAUCGAAAUGAACUUUCCAACACAUGUCA